UGUGCUAACUGGCAUUUUUAACGAAAUCUCAUCUGUGCACAUACACAGCAGGCGUGUCUUCGAUGUGUUGAGAGUAUUAAUGCAGAGGGCAACUUCAGCUCAGGAUCAUACUAUCUGCUCCUUUACAUCUACACUUCAUCCAUCUCCCACUCUUCUAAACUCUAUAGGUCUUUUUCAUGAUGGCAAGACUGUGGAUACAUACUGCCACUCUGCUGGUCUUACUGGUCAUGUUGUGCCCCUCCUCACAAACCACUGAACCUCAACGUCUGUGUGGACCUCACCUCGUUGACGCUCUUCACCUUGUGUGUGGGGAAAGUGGCUUUUACUACACCCCUCAGACCCAAAACAAACCUGUGCAGGGUAGAGCAGCAUGGGGUGAAAACGAGAACGGCGCUUUUAAGGACCAAAUGGAAGUGAUUGGAAAGCGAAACAUAGAGGAGCGCUGCUGUGCUAGACCUUGCAGCAUCCUUGACCUGCAAAGUUACUGCUUGUGAAAAUCCAGCGCAGACACCAGCACUUAGCCCUGUUGCUACUUUAAUAGCUUUGCAUAGCUUAGUUUAGCUUUGGUUAACUUCCUAAUUCCUAAUGCCUCUCAGUGCAUCAGGAGGCCUGUAGUUUUGAGUUCUUGCUAUUGAUAAGUUGUUAAAUUUUGUGGAAAUAAAGUUCUAUGAUAUAAAAAUAAAUGGAGAGUGGUUACUUAAUAGGUAUUAUUCUUUUCUGUUUAUUGAAUGAUUAUUAUUAUUUAACUCUUAGCCAUUAAAACAGUGAAGUUUAUUUCAUACUGAUGAUAAAUAAACAGCUUUAUUGCCAAUAAAAGAGCCGCAAUUUAUUAUUUUGUGGUGUUUUCUUCCUUUGCUUCUCUGUGCAGGCAUAAGACAGACAUAAGACUUAUAAACAAGUGGCUGAGAAACUAGCCAAAGCUUAACCCAAAAAAGCAGUUGUCUGAAAAAAAGUGCUGUCUGACUCGUCCCCCGCCCCUCUCUGAUGCCCGUGUGCCUGCUGCUGCUCCUACACCUCACCUCUGUCUUCCUCGUCUUGUGUCUGUUAUCUCCGGCAUCUGCGCAGGCCCCACUGUUUUCUCUGGCAGGUUAGCUGGGCCGCUUCCUCCGCUGUCAUCUGUGUGAGACUGAAAAAAUCCCAUGAGCUUUAGUAUAUUUUUCUCCCGGUUCUGUUUUUCACAAGCCGAUUUUUUCUUAGAAGCACUACUCUCGAACUUUUUUUGCCUGAAAUCUUACACCUGUCUCCCUAUCAAAGUGGUAAACGUGACCAGAUUGACACAUAGGGGGACAGGGUUGA